AUGUUCACCAAAAACAUCGCGGUCUUCGCAGCCCUUGCACUGUCGAUCCAGAUCGCAGUGGCUGCUCCUCCUGCCUGUGUCCUCCAGGCCGUCAACCAGCCAGCAAACUCUCCUGCUGAUGUCAAGAGUAUCUGCGUCAAUGGCAGCACCGUCGAGCAAACCCUGGUUAGUGACUGCGGUAACGACUAUGACGCUGCCAUGAGCGCUUUCUCUUCCAUCUGCGCUGGUGUUAGCGUCACCAUUGCUCCUUGGACUAUGGCCUCGUCAUCCGCUUCUCAGGAAACCCAAAACGCCCUCACUAUUGCUGGCGGUUCCACUAUCCCUUUCAGUACUACCAGCGGUGCUCAGUCUAGCUCUGCUUCGAUCUCAACCUCUGCUUCAGUCUCUGGCUCUGAGUCAGCUGCAACCUCUACUGGAACCACUGUUGUUACUGCCACUGGACCCAUUCUCACUGCCACCAACACUGUCACCAGCACACAGACCGGUCCUCCUUCAUCAGGCACCACUUCCACUGGAGCUGCUGAACACGUCGAGAACAGCGGAUUGUUCAUGGGAGCCAUGGCUGCUGCUGGUCUUGUCAUGGCUUUGUGA